AUGCACCCGAAGCUCAGCACAUCUCCCUUCGUUUCGGCGCCUGAUGUCGCUGGGAGGGACAGGAUUGACCAAACUGGCAAUUGCUGGAGCCUGCAGCGACUAGUCUUGUCAGGCCGAAACGUGACGACAGUGCCGAGAGUGCUCCCACAAACCUCAUUGUCUGCCGGAGGUGCCGUACAUGUCGGCACCUCUUUUUCCGGCGGUGACGGGAUAUUGCAGGGGUCUGUGAAUGCUAGGCGCUCUGCAGCCCACCAGAACGGGAGACACCAAGGCUGCAAGGAUCAAGGACGGCACUCGAUGCAAAACGUUUUAGGGGCUGGGCAUUCGUCAAUGCUUGUGGUGGCUGAGAGGCGCAUUUCAUCGGUGAUGGCCAGGUCUGCCUCAAGAGCGAGCGGUACUCCGAGCGAUAGGAGAGGACGGCACCGCGUUCCUCGUCGAAAGUCCCCCGCUGGCGACGGGCCGACUGCAACAGUCACGUUCCAUUCUUUCAUUGUCUCUGAUCCCUGCCGACCCUCCACUAGCCCUACCGGAUGCUCCUCGGGAGCUGGGGAUCACCGAGCCAUGCAUGUUCCUGUUGACGAGCAGCUGGGCAUGCUACCCCUCGGAGCAUUGCUCUCCUCCGAGGAGAGACGAUGGCUACCGACGCUCCGUUUCAAGUUGUUACAUCGGACGAACGCAGCAGCUGGUUGGUAG